UAACCGCCCGGGCAGGCCAGGGCCUACCGAGGAGGGCCCGAGACCACGGAGCAACCGCGGCUGGCACGCGAACGUCUCGGGGCGUGGGAGCUGCGAGGGUAGGGGUCCCGGGCGCCAUUGUUGGCCGCCAGAGAGCCGGCAGGACCUCGUCUGCCCUCAGAGGCGCUUCUCCCGCCGAGAGGAGGCACAGCUGGGGCCGUCGCCACCCCGUGGCCCAGUGUCGUGAAUCGUGUGCCUCAUCUACCGCCCGCGUCGGGCCGCCGGGACCAUGUUUGACAAGACGCGGCUGCCGUACGUGGCCCUUGAUGUGCUCUGCGUGUUGCUGGAUAGCUUUGUCAUGGGCAUUUCUAUACAGGAAAGGAAGACCUUUGUCCUUCACUGUACUUCAUCUUCCAUGCCUAUGGCUGUUCUAAAUUUGGGCCAAAUAAGUCCAUUUCAGAGAGGCUUUUUCUGUAAAGACAACAGCAUCCAGUAUCCGUACCAUGACAGUACCAUCACAACCACUGUCCUCUCCGUAGUGGGGCUUGGUUUACCCAUUUCCUCUAUGAUUAUUGGAGAAGUCCUGUCUGUUUACUAUAACCUCUUGCACUCGAAUUCCUUUAUCAGGAAUAACUACAUAGCCACUAUUUACAAAGCCAUUGGAACAUUUUUAUUUGGUGCAGCUGCUAGUCAGUCCCUGACUGACAUUGCCAAGUAUUCAAUAGGCAGACUGCGCCCUCACUUCCUGGAUGUUUGUGACCUAGAUUGGUCAAAAAUCAACUGCAGUGUUGGUUACAUUGAAAACUACAUAUGUCGAGGAAAUGCACAGAAAGUGAAGGAGGGCAGGUUGUCUUUUUACUCGGGCCACUCUUCAUUCUCCAUGUACUGCAUGCUCUUUGUGGCGCUUUACCUUCAAGCCAGGAUGAAGGGAGACUGGGCAAGACUCUUACGCCCCACACUGCAAUUUGGUCUUGUUGCUGUGUCCAUUUAUGUGGGCCUCUCUCGAGUUUCUGACUACAAACACCACUGGAGCGAUGUACUGACUGGACUCAUUCAAGGAGCCCUGGUUGCGGUAUUAGUUGCAGUGUAUGUAGCCGAUUUCUUCAAGAACAGAAAUUCUUUUAAAGAAAGGAAAGAGGAGGACUCCCAUACAACUCUGCAUGAAACACCAACAACAGGGAAUCACUUUAGGAACAGUCACCAACCUUGAAGGUAGCAGAGUGCCCAGAUGAAGCUGGCCUGCUUUCUAAAGGAAAAUGAUUGCAACCAGAAGACAAGAGGAUGAGUUUUCUUCAUGGUAUACAAGCCUUUAAGGGACUGCUGCUGCUAUACCUCUUGGAUGCCCACUUUACCUGUGUGUAUAUAGUUACAUUUAACACAGUGGUUCUCUAAUAGCUCUAAGUUCAUUAAAAAAAAAAAAAAAUUUCAAGCCUUUCACUAAAACAAUGCCCA